AUGCUACGCACAUUCCCUGCACUUCUUUUGGCGGUGGGCCAGCUGGCCGCCACCGUCAACGCCGCCAACAUGGUCUUUGGAGCCUACGGGAACCGCAACUGCGAGGCCUGCCUCGACAAGACUUUCCAAUCUUGCCCUGGGGACUACCAGACCCGGAGCUACGCGACUUGCAUGUGCGCCGGCAACGGCGGCGCCAACGCCGCCACCUGCAUGAGCGGCUACUGCGACCCGUCUUUCAACCACAUUGUCGUCAUGUCCUGGUACAUGUACUGCACCAUGUUCUUCAAGGAGUUGUGCCCCAGUGCCAGGGAAUACUUUGACGACAAGACUUGGGACCGGCUCUGCUCGCCCGAGGAAGUUGCCAAGGGUGGAAUCGGUGCGUCGGAGUCCGACUCAGGCAGUUUGGGGUCCGGCUCCUCCAUCUCGGGGACCUCAUCGAAAACGAAACCGGCAUCUUCAUCGGGUUCUGGAUCCACCUCGGAGGAAGGCGUGGCGGCUCUUGGGACUGGGAAGGCUUCGGGGCAAGAGGCAACAGGCAUAAAGAAGGACAGCUCCGUCUCGUCGACCUCGAGCAAAGCGGUGGGAGCCACUGCUGCAGCAAUGCCGGUAUUGGGCAUUAUGGCCGGGCUGGGCAUGGUUGUUGUAAAUAUGAACGGAUAG